CUUCAAUCAAAAAGGAGAUCAGAAAUCCUAAAAUCAAUGUUAUCAUUUAUGUAUGCCCAUUUGGCCUUCUUUCAUCAAGGAUAUGAUCUGUUUAGUGAACUUGGACCCUACAUGAAGGAUCUGGGUGCACAGCCGCCAUCAUGAUUAUUUACCAGUACCUCAUCAGCCACAUUGAGAUGUUCUCUGAAAUAUACAAGAUCCGGGAGAUCGCUGAAGGGCUGUGCCUGGAGGUGGAGAGGAAGAUGGUCAGUAGGAAAGAAGGUAACAUUGAUGGUUCGAUUAUUGGUGGAAAUGCCUCCGCGGAAGGCCCUGAGGGCGAAUGUACGGAAAGCACAGUAAUCACUGGUGUCGAUAUUGUCAUGAACCAUCACCUGCAGGAAACACAUUCCACAAAAGAAGCCUGCAAGAAGUACAUCAAAGAUUACAUGAAAUCAAUUAAAGGCAAACUUGAACAGAGACCAGAAAGAGUAAAACCUUUUAUGACAAAGGCUGUAGAACAAAGCAAGCACAUCUUUGCUAAUUUCAAAAACUACCAAUUCUUUAUUGGUGAAAACAUGAAUCCAGAUGGCAUGGUAUUGGACUACUGUGAGGAUGGUGUGACCCCAUAUAUGAUUUUCUUUAAGGAUGAUUUGGAAAUGGAAAAAUGUUAACAUAAUUGGCAGUUACUUCCGAUCUAUCACCUGUCAUUGUAACUGGCUUCUGCUUGUCAUCCACAAAGCACCAGGACUUAAGAGAAAGGGGACUGAUGUCAUCUUGAGCUCUUUAUUUAUUUUGACCAUGAUUUAUUUGGAGUGGAGGCAUUGUUUUUAAGAAAAACAUGUCAUGUAGGUUGUCUAAAAAUAAAAUGCAUUUAAACUCAUUCGAGAGAAUGCUUUGUAGUUUAAUAUAUAUUUAAACCAAAUUCAUCCUGUAGUGUUCCUGGAGAAGCUAGAGACUGGUUGUAAGCUACUAGAAAGAAUUAAGACUCAUCAAUUAACCUCUAUGAAACUACUUCUGGGACUGGAAUGUAAAAAAGAAUCAAAGGUUUUGAUUGUGAUUUGCAAUAAAGGGAAAGACCAUCCUCAUAGCAGUGCCAACAUCUGAAGUGGAGCCUUACACAUUUCACCAUCUACAACGGAAGUAGUUAACUGGAAGAGUCUACCCAGAGAAUAAAAAUAGACUCAUUCAGUUGGAAGCAA